GUUGCGGGAAAGUCACAGACGCUGCUCCUGCUCUUGAAAACAGUUGAAGAAAUCCUCCAUAUUUCGUUUCGUCGUCGUGUUUGAGGUCGCUGUCGGAGAUGAACAGCGUCGGAGAGGCCUGCACCGACCUGAAGCAGGAGUACGACCAGUGUUUCAACCGCUGGUUCGCCGAGAAGUUCCUGAAGGGGGACCGGAGCGGCGACCCGUGCACCGAGACCUUCCGGAAGUACCAGCGGUGCGUGCAGAAGGCCAUCAAGGAGAAGGACAUCCCGAUCGACGGAGUGGAGUUUAUGGGCCCCAACAAGGACAAGCCCGAGAGCUGAUCAAUACUGAUAUCAAUGCACUGGACUGACCGUGUCCACGAGGCCACUGAGCAUGCGCAGAGGCAUGUUGAAGAACACACCGUCAGCGGGACGAGGAGACUGAACCUGAACACAGAACUGAUCCCGGAGCGGAGGGUUCAGAUGCGCUGCUUAUAAUCUGGAGUUAUUGAUCAUGAGGAAAGUCUCACUUCAAGACUCGAGACUGUAGCUGAAUCAACCUGUCACUUUUCUACUUUCAGACGUUUUCUAAACUCAAACAUGAAUAGAUUAAUGGAUCACUGGAUCGAUCAGUAACGGAAAUGGAGAUUAGCUGCAGCAGUUUUCUGCUUUCCCACAUAAUCACAGUUCAGAUGUGCUCAGAAGUGACAUUUUGUCUGUAAAAUGUACAUUUUCAUUAGUUUUUUGCCUUCAGCUUAUUCUGAUGUUUAAAUUUUUUGUUUAUUUCAGUUCAUUCUUCUUUUGCUUUGAACCAGGUCAAAGGUCAGAUGGAAGUCAUCGCUGCUCUGCUCUCAUUUUUGACUCUUGAUCAUUUCUUUUUGAAAUGUCUAUUUAAAGGAAAACAUAAAGUUCACAUAUCAAUAAAACUGACGUUGAAAGAUCCUAAUUUGGGCUACAUUCAUGUAAAAAUACCAUUUCUGUAAAAUGGAUGGAAAGCGUCAGAUCAGGGCUGAUGUUUAUUAUGUUUUACCCUGAGUGAGGACUCUCAGGCAGCAUCGAGUUCCCUCUUCAAACAGCAGGACUGAUUAGUUCUGCUGCCUGAGAGUCUAAACUCAGGGAGUCAGCAUCACCUCCUCAAUCUGCUAAUCUCACAUAUUCAGAAUUUCAUCUGUUCAAACUAAGACACAUCUGGAAGAAGUCUGGUCAAACAUGUCAGAAUAUUGAGAGUUUAUUGAUUACUGAGGAGACAAAGCAUGACGCUGAAGGAAAGAUGACACAAGCUGCACAACAGCCUGUUUUAAUGCAAGUUUAUGCCUCUCAGAAUGUUAAGUACAUUAAUUUAUUGACAUUUAUAUCAGAUUUCUAUGUGAUUCAUCAAUUAACACGACCCGGACACAGACGACAGUGAGCUAAUGAAAAAAUCAGUUUUAGUGGAAUGUGACAGAGUGGAUGAGCUUCUUCUCUGCAGUUUGCUGCAGGUCUGAGGGUUGAACAGUUUCCUGCAGCACAGAGUUUUAUGAUUGAUUUAAUUAUUCUGCAGACUUACAUUCAGUGCUUUUUGAUGCUCUGAUAUCGCAUACACACAUUAAUCUUUGGCCAGGUGUGAUCACUCCUGCUCUGUCUGAACCCGUCUGACCUGAAAACCUUCAGUUUUUUACUGUUGCAGAGGAAGUUUCACCUUUUGCUCGGCUCAUCACACAAAUGCAGCCUUUUACAUGCUGGACUUUAAUAAAACAGCAGAAUGCAGCAGAUGUGUAGAAACGGAAGGAUUGAUG